CUUCGUGUCACGUGAGACGAAGGCGAGAUUCAAAGAUGGUUGAUAUUGAGAAGGGCAAGAAGAUUUUUGUCCAGAAGUGCGCUCAGUGCCAUACCGUGGAGAAGGGAGGCAAGCACAAGAAAGGUCCUAAUCUCCAUGGUCUGUUUGGGCGAAAGACGGGGCAGGCCACUGGAUUCUCUUACACCGUUGCCAACAAGAACAAAGGCAUCACCUGGAAUGAGGACACGCUGAUGGAGUAUUUGGAGGAUCCCAAGAAGCACAGCCCUGGAACAAAAAUGAUCUUCGCUGGCAUUAAGAAGAAGACCGAGUGGGCAGAGUUGAUAGCUCACCUCAAAAAAGCUACUAAUAAGUAAAAGUUGGCACCGCCUUAUUUAUUACAAAACAAAUGUCUCAUGACUUUUUUAUGUGUACCAUAUUUAAAUCCAUCUCGUUCACCAGAAUUCAGAUCAUGAGUGACCAAUAGCAUAUUUUUCUUGGGCAGCCCUGAUUUAAAUAAGAUUGGCUUGUGUUUUAAAUGAGUAUGAUCAGUUUUUUUGAAUUAAUGACAAUUCCAGGUCAGCAAGUGCAAUCACUGUCCCUUUCCAAAGUUAUGAUUGAACUUAAUUCAUCACAUUCACCUUUCCAAGGGAUGGAGAUGGCCAUCUCAAACCUGUGGGAGAAUAGUUUUCUAUUCAGAUUUAUAGAAACGGCUAUAUUAAUAUAUCUAAAGAUUGAGGAUAUCACUGUCUCCUUAGGUUGUUUCUUAGCCUGAUAAGAUUAGUUGGCAGUG